AGAUUCCAGUAAUAGGAGAGAGGAUACUAAUCGAGAUAAUGCUAAUAAUGUCGUAAAUCGGCCUCUGGCUGUAAAUAAUACAGGUGGAGAUUCGGGUCAUAAUGCGGAUGAAAUGUUUGGUACUAUGUCUGGGGGGAAGUACUUAGGUGCAAACUUAAGGCCUGAUCCCUUCAUGCUAAUGUUUGGAAGCAAGUCUGGAGUGGAGUAUUUGAGUGUAAACAUUCAACGACUGAUCACUUCAUGCUGUUUCCAGUAUUUGCUGACUAUGUUCGAGUCUAUUGUAACAGAAUACCUCAACGAUACAAAAUAUUCGCAUUGGUCAAUUGUCUCCAUCUUAGAGUACACGAAAUCAAAAUGUCAGUUGUAUACCAAUUCUAUUAGCGAUCUUAAAAAGGAUAUAUACACAGCUUUACAGAAGUAUAAAGAAAAUCCCCAAAAUCACAAAUACCUCUCAAACAAAUUGGAUAAGAUUUUGCUUGGUUUUGAUAAAUCAUUUUCUACGGCUGAAGUUGAAGAAUUCAUUGAUAAACUUCGGGAAGAACAAGAAGUGCGUGGAUUUGAUACAGCUUUUCAAACCAACGUUGCAUCCGCGUGUACAGUCAAAGCUUUACAGAGUUAUCGCAUGAAUCAAGUACUCAUCGAUGAAUUAAAAGAUGAACACAAGAAAGGAGGACCUUCUUCUGUAAUGGUACUUAGAAAAAGAAAAAACCGAGUAAAUUACGCUGAAAGCUUAUCAGAAGUGGAGACAAACUCAGAUCACGAAGAAAAGUCAAAGGAGGUGAAUGAUACCAACAAUCUAACGGAUUCAAGUGAUACAACAUUAGAAAAUAUGAAUGAAGAAAAUCUUGAGCAAUUUGGGGCGCAUACUAUUAUUGUACCCACGAUCGACACCUCCAAUAAAGUACAGUCAUGUUGGCCAUCUCAUGAAAUAUCAUUCCAAAAAAUUACGGAAGAAAGAAAAUUGCAUUUAUCUUCAGGAAGAAAAGUCGAAGACGUACUUUAUGCAUACGCAUUAAAAUUGGAAUAUGAACAACCAGCUCAUUCUUUUAUUAUCGAUACGUCAGAUGAUAACAUUAAGAAUUUAUUUACAAAAAAAGAAUGGGAAAAAAUUAUGAACAAUAAUAAGAAAACUGUACCAGGUAUCGAUGAGAAUAUGGCAAAACAUUUGCUUAAGUAUAAAAAGAAGACCCCCUCAGAAAUGCGAGCGCAUGUUAUGAAACCUUGGCUAGAGACAAUAUAUAGGCAAGAACAACAUUUCGAUUACCAAUAUAUACACCAGGUCUUUACUUAUUUGCUGGAUGAAUAUGAGUCACCGAAGAAUCGAUUGGCGCAACCACAUGCAGAGGGAUGGUAUGCAGUCAAUAUUUGGAGCAUAUUGAUUGAUAAAGCAUUCUUAAACAUUCCCAAUAUAGAACUCGUUCGUGGUGAGACAUGUAGUAUUACAUCAAGCAACCGAAAGAAUGAUGGCGAGAUGUACAGAAUAAAGGGUCAGAGAAAAGCACUUGGACAUCGAAUUGAUGGUAUUUUUCAAAAUACAGUUAACGACUAUGAAUACGGGGGAAUUGAAGUCGCGAAAACAUGUCAGGGUCCUCAUGAUAGGAAACAUUUGGGUGACUCUUUAAAACUCACGAAAUUCCUGAAAGAUAUAUUUUAUCAACAAUCAAGUAUAGUCGACCAUAAUGAAGCCAUAAUCAAAAAAGUUGAAAUUGUUGGCUUGUUACAUUCACGCCUCCAGUUACAACUUUUAAUGGAUUAUGGAGGUG